GGGAGUCAACGUGGUUCUGCAGCUUUCAAGCUGCAACCCUGGAUAAUGGCAGCCCUAAGCAGCUGCCCUGCAACUUUGUUCCUACUUCCAGCUGUUGUUCUUCUUCUUUACCUCUUCUUCUCUCCCUUGAAUGAAAAUCAUCUCACCUACUUCCUCUCUUCUUCCACCGUUUUUAAUCCAACAAAGACCAGCCACACCACCCUACCAGAAGUUUUCUUGAAUGAAUCUCUCUCAGUCUCCAUUUAUAGAAUCAGUAAACAAAAAGCAAGCAGCACUGUCAAAGUGCAAAUGAAGAUCAAGAGUAGUUUGGCAAGGAUUGAAGAAGAUUUGGCUAGAGCUAGAGCGGCCAUUCGCAAAGCAGUUCGGUCAAAAAACUAUUCAUCAGAUAAGAAAGAGGCUUUCAUUCCCAGAGGAUGCAUCUACAGAAACCCAUAUGCUUUUCAUCAGAGUCAUAUAGAGAUGGUGAAGAGAUUCAAGGUAUGGACCUACAGAGAAGGAGCGCAGCCCAUAUUCCAUGAAGGGCCAUUGACCAACAUCUACGCCAUAGAGGGGCAGUUCAUCGAUGAAAUGGACUUUAUUGUUGGCAAGAGCCCCUUCAUUGCAAAACAUCCUGAUGAGGCACAUGCAUUUUUCCUACCUCUAAGUGUAGUAAAAGUAGUUCAAUUCCUCUACCUCCCCAUUACUUCCCCAGAAGACUACUCCCGCAAGCGACUGCAACGCAUUGUAACCGACUAUGUUAAGGUUGUAGCAGACAAAUAUCCAUACUGGAAUAGAAGUGGUGGUGCUGACCAUUUCAUGGUUUCUUGUCAUGACUGGGCGCCAUCCGUUUCAUAUGCAAACCCUGAGCUAUUCAAGAAUUUCAUCAGGGUCCUUUGCAAUGCAAACAGCUCAGAAGGAUUCAGGCCAGGAAGAGAUGUCUCGCUGCCAGAAGUCAACUUGCCCGCCGGGGAGCUUGGGUCACCACACCUGGGCCAACCCUCAAACAACCGCCCAAUCCUGGCCUUUUUUGCCGGAAGAGCCCAUGGCAACAUCAGGAAAAUUUUAUUUGAGCAUUGGAAGGACCAAGAUAAUGAAGUACUUGUCCAUGAGCGCCUCCAUAAAGGCCAAAACUACGCCAAAUUAAUGGGCCAAAGCAAGUUUUGCCUGUGCCCAAGCGGCUAUGAAGUGGCAAGCCCUCGAGUAGUGGAGGCAAUUCAUGCAGGAUGCGUCCCAGUGAUAAUUUCCAACAACUAUUCUUUGCCUUUUAAUGACGUCCUUGAUUGGAGCCAGUUUUCGAUAAAAAUUCCAGAAGCAAAGAUACCAGAAAUUAAAACCAUCUUGCUAGGCAUUUCAAAAAAUAAGUAUUUAAAAAUGCAGGAAAGGGUGCUAAGAGUGCGGAGGCAUUUUGUGCUGAACCGGCCAGCUAGGCCUUUCGAUAUCAUUCAUAUGAUCCUUCACUCAUUGUGGCUUAGAAGGCUUAACUUCGGGCUGCCACAUUGAUUUGUUUGAUUGACCUUGUAAAAUUGUCUGCAUUCAUGAAAAUCAGGCUUCUAUCUUCACCUAG